GCUGUCAUGGCGUCUGAGGCGCUGGCUGAAGAGAACCCGCCGCGGUCUCUUUAGAGUGAGGGGCUGGCGGCUGGGUAUGGAGAGCGGCCCCGGGAGCCUGCAGCCGCUAGAACACGGGGUGGCCGCCGAGCCAGCGCCAGGGACAGGUUCUCCGCAGGAAGGGCAACCGGAGACCAGGCUCGCCGCUGGGGAUGGUCCUGGAGUAUGGGCGGCGGAGAGCAGCGGCGGGAAUGGGCAGGGGGCGGCGGCCGCCGGGAGGAGCCUCUUGGACUCGGUUUCUCCCGCCGGCUCUCCUCAGGUUCCCGGACCCUGCAGCUCCUUCCCGGGCUUGGACUUAAAGGAGAGCGAUUUGAAGAAUCCUUCCGCCCAGAAGACGCCUCCGAGAGGGCAGCACAAGGUGACCGCCUCCCCGGAGACAGCCGAGGCCGGAGCGGACCAUGGAUCGGGUCCGGCCGGAGACGCCGGCCCCCGCCCGGAUGCCGCCGGCACCUGCCGGGCAGAGUUGGCGGCCGCCGGGUCCGAGGAGCCCAGCAGCGCCGGCGGCCUCAGCAGCAGUUGCAGCGACCCGAGCCCUCCUGGGGAAUCGCCGAGCCUGGACUCCCUGGAGUCGUUCUCUAACCUGCAUUCUUUCCCCAGUAGCUCUGAGUUUAAUAGUGAGGAGGGAGCGGAGAACAGGGUCCCUGGGGAGGAGGAGGAGGAGGGCGCGGGCGCGGCGGUGUUGCCCGGGGCUGUGCCUCUCUGCCGAGAAGAGGAGGAGGAGGAGGGGGAGGAAGCUCAGGUAUUGGCGGCCUCCAAGGAACGCUUCCCGGGACAGUCUGUCUAUCACAUCAAGUGGAUCCAGUGGAAGGAAGAGAACACACCCAUCAUCACUCAGAAUGAGAAUGGACCCUGCCCUUUGCUGGCCAUCCUCAAUGUUUUGCUUCUGGCCUGGAAGGUGAAACUUCCACCGAUGAUGGAAAUCAUAACUGCUGAACAGCUGAUGGAAUAUUUAGGAGAUUACAUGCUUGAUGCAAAGCCUAAGGAAAUUUCAGAAAUUCAACGUUUAAACUAUGAGCAGAAUAUGAGUGAUGCUAUGGCAAUCUUGCACAAACUGCAGACAGGCUUGGAUGUAAACGUAAAAUUCACUGGUGUUCGAGUAUUUGAAUAUACACCAGAAUGCAUUGUAUUUGAUCUUCUUGAUAUUCCUUUGUACCAUGGGUGGUUAGUGGAUCCACAGAUUGAUGACAUUGUAAAAGCUGUUGGUAACUGCAGCUACAACCAACUAGUGGAGAAGAUCAUCUCUUGUAAGCAGUCAGACAAUAGUGAGCUCGUUAGUGAAGGCUUUGUAGCUGAGCAGUUUCUAAAUAACACAGCCACUCAACUGACAUACCAUGGAUUAUGUGAACUAACUUCAACGGUUCAGGAAGGAGAACUUUGUGUGUUCUUUCGGAAUAAUCAUUUUAGCACCAUGACCAAAUACAAGGGUCUACUGUAUUUGCUGGUAACAGACCAGGGGUUUCUUACUGAAGAAAAAGUUGUUUGGGAAAGCCUACACAAUGUGGAUGGUGAUGGAAAUUUCUGUGACUCAGAAUUUCAUCUGCGGCCUCCUUCAGAUCCUGAAACCGUAUACAGAGGACAGCAAGACCAGAUAGAUCAGGACUACCUUAUGGCAUUGUCUCUACAACAAGAGCAGCAGAGCCAAGAGAUCAAUUGGGAACAAAUACCUGAAGGAAUCAGUGAUUUAGAACUAGCAAAGAAACUCCAAGAAGAAGAAGAUAGACGGGCUUCUCAAUAUUAUCAGGAACAGGAACAAGCAGCAGCAGCUGCUGCUUCUGCUUCUACACAGGCCCAGCAAAGCCAGCCAGCACAAGCCUCUCCAAGUAGAAGACAACCUGGGAAUAGUGAACGUAAACGAAAGGAACCUCGAGAAAAAGAUAAAGAAAAGGACAAAAAUAGCUGUGUCAUUUUGUAACAAGUGUUGGAUUCUGUUGGAUGCAUCUAUAUGUCUUGAGAAACAAAACCACACGAGGAAAGGAAGAAAAACCGAUAAAUACCGUCUGUGCCUGAUUUCCCAAUGGAUUUUGUUCAUGUUUUUCAGGGGAAAGGUUGUUACUUAGUUACAAUCAGACUUUUUCAAGUCACACAGUACACUCUUUAUGAGCUGGAGUUUCAUGUUACAAGUUGGAAAUGCUGUGUGUUAUCAUUCAUGAAAAAUACUGCACUUGUAGCCAAAUAAGCAAAUCACAGCAAAUUUUGUGUCAUAGUGACAUUCAUAACUCAUAUCAGUUAGUAAGCUAUUUUAUCUUCUGUUCUAACAAUGAAUGGAGAUAACUUAUUUUGUCUGAUUCCUUCCUGAAAUCUAAAUAUUAGCACAGUAGUUUCUGAAAUUAAUUUUUACAAUGUUAAAUUAUGAUCUAAUCCAAGAGAAACCAGGGGUUUAAUAUAG